UUAUUUGAGGAAGGGGGGGGUGGUGUUAGUUGCGUACGGCGAAGAAUCUAGACUCGACGCUCGAAUUAUGAAACAAGCAUCAAGCACGAAGCUUUCCUGCGGUAAAAUGGACUAAUCUACCCUUCUAAAACCCCACCAAAGCUCGCAGUGGAUUUAUUGAUUUGGUUUACGCAUUUAUAUAGACUUUUGGUUGUUUAUUAGUUAACAUUUUCGAAAAAAAACGCGCGUUUUCCUUGCGUGCUCAAUGGUGUGUUUCUGGAAAAUACGGUGAAUCCGACUUAUAAUUCCGCAUUAAAUCAUCAUUGGUGUUAUUAUGGCGGCGAGAGGCAACGACAGACCGCCUCAAUUCACAGAAACUCACUAUGAAAUACCUGCGUGGCAAGUCCCAUGGAAUAAACCGUGGUAUCAGUGGGACAAAAAGGAGAACGAUGCAGAUAAGACUGUGAGAGACGCUCAAAAACAACAGUACAGUAAUCGAGGUCAUUUAAUAGAUUGCAAUUGUAAGGAUUGCGAAGACGAUUUAGAAACAGCUUUCGCUCCUCAAUUCAACAAUACAUCACUAGAAAUCCCAGAGGACCGACCUAAUAUUGACGUAGACGAGUUUGACAAUUUAUCAAGGGCCAGCUUUUCGAAAUGCCAAGAUGUCGCUAGCGAUGGAGUUGAUGAGCAUAAGCCACAACCAUGUAGUUCAGAUAGAGGACCUAAAGCACCUAAAGAGAACAUAAUCUUGCUUUCUGAUCUACCAGAGUAUGUUCCACCAACGUCAAAUAAUGAAGUUGUGUCAUCAGAUAUAACCCAUUCAACGUCAACAAUAACACAUCCUGCGUCAUCAGUGUCCCAUGGGGGUGGACCAGAUAGACACGAAUCUCUUAUGAGUACAUUUGAUAAUUUAACUGCGAUUCAGCGUCUCUCAGACCAAACCAGAGAUAUUCAAACUCGAGUUAAUAACUUCAAGGGCACUAGGGAAUCAAGGGAUUAUGUUGUUAUGCGCGAUUUGCUAUUAUCAUUGCAGAGGGAGUUAGGGAGGGUAAACCAUAAUGGUUUUGAGUGGUUGCAUAGAGCAAGGAACAUGGCCUUAGAAGCCGUGACGCGAACUUUAGUGGUAUUAGAACAAAAAGUCAAAGAAAAUGAGUAGAAACUUUUAAGUUUUCAUUGCUGUGAAAAUGUUAUAUUAUAUACAAUUAUAAAUUAUAGAAGAAAUUAAAAACUGUUAUUUUUUUCA